AUGCCAGCGUGGGAGCGGCGACAAAUGCUGGUCCUACCAUGUGCACUUCCUUCCGGGCAUUCCGACGUACCGUUGGUGGUGCCUAGGCAAGAUGCAAAAGCCAAGCUCAUCACUGAUAGUUCCGGCCAGAUAUUGAGUUAUUGCGAAGAUGAGUUCCUGAAGGAUAGCAGGGUUCAGAUUCUUUGGCUACAAAUUUCGCCUGGAUCUGCAGAUGAAGCAGGACGCACAAUUUACCUUUACACGGCGAGCAAGCACGCCAGCGUGUCAACCACCCCGGACAGAAGGCAUCUGGAACUUGGAGCGGCAGUGCCCUGCAGAUGCCCAGAGCAAUGCCUCAUCCUCGCAGAUUUGUUCAGUGCCAAGGGCACAGCCACAGGCUCGUGGGUCGCGUUCUUUGACGUCGAGGCUGCUGCCAGGUCAGUUUCCAUAUUGCCAGCACCGAACGAGGGAGACCAGAAGCCAGCUGGUCGAGCAUUGAAGCUGGACCCUUGCAAUGGGAGGUUGGCCUUAAGGCGAAGAUUCGCAUCGAUACAGCCCUGUGCAGGGAGACAGCUGUACAUCCGGAUAUUUUUUCACGACGAGGGUGAAGAGUCUGCGCAUUGGUUUGGCAUUGCAAGCAAGCAUGGCACUUGUGCUGUUGGAGUGUCCGCUACAUCGCGCCAGUACAUGGUCGCAAAUGGAACUUGCCCGGGUGCUUUAUCUGGCACGCAAAAUGUGACACAAGGAAGUCCUACGUGUCUCCACCGAAGUAGAGGAUGGCGCGUGUUUGAGGUGGUUUUCGAAGAAGGCAUGGUCAGUAUCGCUAUCGAUGGCAGAGGUGUAUUUGCUGGCAUUGCCAAGGGCGCACGGCAAGCAUCGGACGAUCACUUGUGGAUUAUCGCGCAAAGCGGUGCGGCUUCAUCCUGGGCGGCUUUGGAAGUCUUUCAGAUACCGUCUGCUUGCUUGCUUCCUAGCUGGCGGCUUGGAAGAAAGCGGUGCCCACCGGAAAGCAGCUGUGGACCUUGGGAAGUCAGGUCUGAAGAAGUGGGGCAAUGGAUGGACGAUUGUCAUGGUCAGAUUUGGCGUGUGCCUGUAUUGGAUGGCAGUCCGGCAUCCCCUUGUGGCAAGUCACUUGACAUGACAGAGUCAGCCGCGCUGCCUGGGAUCAACGAUCUGGGCCAUGUCGCGUUCAACAGUGCAGCCGAAUGUCGAAGCCCCCACGCCAGGCAGGCCCGGAGCAAGACACCGAGCUAUUUGUGUUUGCCCAAGCAAAUUUCGCAAAGCGAGCUCCUGUCCAAUCUCGAAUUUGUGGUCAAGUGCGGUGGUGGGUUCCUGAACAGCAGGGACUUUCAAAAACGUCACGGCAACAUCGACAAGUUCACUUCUCCAGCCUCGUUCAGUCGCAAAAAGCACCAGAGCUCCAGCCAAGAUGCGAUCCUUCGGCUUGUCAGUGUUCGCUCACAAGGUUCACUCCGGCUGCGGGAGCUACGAGCUUUCCGCGAAGGCCGCUGCAAACUCCCGAGUUCGGCGCCAGCAAGUCGACCUUCCACGUCGCAGUAG